GGGGGGGGGCUGUUCCUGUGGUGCCGCCGCCAUUUUGUCGCGGCCGUUCGAGCACGGCGGGAGCGGGCGGAGGGCGCUGAGUCUGCCCCGCGCCACCCGCAGCCACCGCUGCCGGGACCUGGCGACCGUCGGCUUCGAUUCUCUUGAGCUGAAGAUGGCUGCACAGUCAGCGCCGAAGGUCGUGCUCAAGAGCACCACCAAGAUGUCUCUGAACGAGCGCUUUACUAACAUGCUGAAGAACAAACAGCCGAUGCCAGUGAAUAUUCGGGCUACCAUGCAGCAGCAGCAGCAGCUAGCCAGUGCCAGAAACAGAAGACUGGCCCAGCAGAUGGAGAACAGACCUUCUGUCCAGGCGGCUUUGAAGCUCAAACAGAAGAGCUUGAAGCAACGCCUUGGGAAAAGCAACAUCCAGGCCCGGUUAGGCCGACCAGCGGGGCCCCUCGCUCGCGGAGCCAUGGGGGGAAGAGGAUUGUCCAUGGGGCAGAGGGGUUUGCCACGGGGAGCCAUGCGUGGAGGCCGGGGAGCCAGAGCUCUGCUGCGAGGAGGGAUCCCGCUCCGAGGUCAGAGCCUGCUGCGUGGAGGACGAGGGAUAUCCCCCAGGAUGGGCCUGAGGAGAGGUGGCCUUCGAGGCCGUGGUGGCCCUGGAAGAGGAGGUCUGGGCCGAGGCGCGAUGGGCCGCGGGGGACUCGGAGGCAGAGGUCGUGGCAUGGCCGGACGGGGCCGGGGCGGCUUCGGAGGCCGCGGCAGAGGCCGGGGCCGAGGCAGAGGAUCGGCGCGGCCGGCGCUGACCAAGGAGCAGCUGGAUAACCAGUUGGAUGCCUACAUGUCUAAGACGAAAGGACACCUGGACGCCGAGCUGGAUGCUUACAUGGCUCAGACAGACCCCGAGUCCAACGACUGAAGGGCCUUUCCCAGAGACCUUGUGGAAGUUGGUGUGUGGUGCCCGUAAAGCUAAACAUGGGAAAAGCCUGAGUCCUGCCGGGAGGAGCCGCCGGCGUAGGGAGCAGCCCGGGCUUUAGUGUCUUCCUUUCACCUUUUGAUACUCUGUUGUAUGAAAACCUCUUCCUUUGGGAUUGUUUUUAUAUCUUUAUUUCUCCUCUUCCCCCCCACCCCCAACACGAACGUGAACCCGCUGACAUUGGUGCUGGUGACACGAUCCUGCGGUUCCGUGCCUCUUUUUAAGCUCCGUGGUGGCAUUUUGGGAUCACCCCCAUCCCCAAACGCCACCGCAGGGCCGAGCUUACACCCAGGGCUCAAUUUGAACCCAUCUUGAAGCAACAAAAACCUCUUCCCAGGAGGACAAACCCUCGGGGCAGGUUUCCUUGUGGCGCUCCCCACGCCAGGCUUUGCCUCACCACCACUGUUUCCUCUCGUUAUCGGUAGCCAGCGUUGCGGGCAGGGCACUGCCCAGGUUGCAGACUUCCUUUAGUUGGGUUUUCCGAUGGUUUUUAGAUUAAAGUUUGGCUUCUUUCCGUUGUGUUGGA